UUGUUUUGUCACGUACAUGUUUACUCUGAACUAGCUGGCUGUCCUAGACUAAACGUGUUUUCUUUUCCAAAACAAUUAAAUGAUGGAGGAAGAUGAAAAGCACAAUUCUGAGAUAAAUGUGAAAUCAGUGGAGACUCCGAAACCGCCUUCAAUCGACGACUUCAUCGUUUUGAAACCUAUCAGCCGUGGUGCUUUUGGCAAAGUCUACCUUGCUCGAAAAAAGUGCAAUGCGCGUUUAUACGCGAUUAAGGUGAUGAACAAGGCAGAUAUGGUUAAUAAAAACAUGACAAGCCAGAUGAAAGCUGAGCGAGAUGCACUAGCUUUGAGCAAAAGUCCCUUCGUCGUUCAUCUGUUUUACUCCCUUCAGACAGCCAACAAGAUCUAUCUGGUAAUGGAAUACCUAAUUGGUGGAGAUGUCAAAUCGCUCCUUCAUAUUUGUGGCUAUUUCGAUGAAGUCAUGGCUGUGAAAUACAUCUCAGAAGUCGCCCUUGCCUUAGACUAUCUCCACCGCCAUGGAAUAAUCCACAGGGACCUGAAGCCAGACAACAUGCUUAUAUCCAAUGAAGGUCACAUCAAACUAACAGACUUUGGCCUUUCGAAAGUCAAGCUUGACAGAGAGCUGAGUCUUGUGGAUAUCGUUUCCACUCCAUCCUUGGCUAAACCUAAAACAGAUUACUUCCGCACUCCUGGUCAAGUCCUCUCCUUAAUCAGCUCUCUUGGAUUUAAUACACCUGCAGGAGAAGGCAAACGUCACUGCAGUGCCUCUGCUGCGUCCAGCCCCAUGUCUUGCAGCAAAAUAAAGCAGAAGAAUAAUUCUCUUGCUUCUACGUUGACGAAGAAUACUGAAGCCGUGUAUUCUCCAGCUGGGUGUCUUUUAAAACUAGGACCAAAGGGGAAUGUGUUUAGUCCUCAUAAACUGGCAAAACAUCUGACUCCCACCUUGCUGAGAACCAGAGAGAGGUUUGAAACCAUGAGUGCAGGCAGCACCACUGACACUGAAGGUGUCAUCAGUCCACUGUGGGAAUGUGAGGAGAAAGAAAAUAAAAGCAUCAAUGAGUCCAAAGGACAUAAACAAGCCUAUGGUCCCAGAAGCUCCUUUGCUAAAGCUUCUUGUAGUCUGCCAAAAAAGUCCAACCAUCCUGCUGAGAAAAGAUUGUAUACCAACAAUCUGGAGUCAGUCUCUGCAGUGAGAGAUAACUGUCGGCCUGCAGUUCCCUCAUCCUUGAAGAGGACCUUUUCAGAUGUAGAAACAAGCCCAGAGCUAUUGGAGGCCAAAGCCAAAAAGACGAAUGGAGACUACAAAAGAUUCUGUGAGAUUCCAGAAGAAACUGUGAGGUCUCACACUGGGCUGACAGGGACAUUUUCCACCAUCCAUUUGGAUGGCGACUUCUUGUGUAGCGGUGACCACCGGGUUCCAAAGCGCUCCAGUCCCAUCGCUGUGGCCAAAAGUCUGUUUAAUGAACUGGAGGAGCAGGCAGAGGAUGGGCUUGAAGAUGGUGCUAUUUUUUCACACUCAGGUGUCACAUCUCCACUUCCCACGAUCGGUGACAUCUGCAGGAACUUAAGUCUCGACUCUGACGUGUCCAUGCACGAAACAUCUCUCACUAUUGACAGUCAUGCAGCUGUUCAACCGAGCAAGCUGGCAGAAAAUAGAAAGUCCGUAUCACCCAAGGAACCCGAGCAGAAUGAAAACAUCUUGUUUUUUAAGUCACGGCCACAGACUCCUUCAGUUGUCACCAACGAAACCCCAAAAUUUAGCCACUUGAGCCGGGGAAGGGAAUCUCGGUGUUCCCUCUUCAACCACCUUCCUGAUCUCUCCAGCAGUGUUGCACAGUCCUCCUCGUUCCUCAAGCCACAAAAUGUUGUUGCUUUCCGUAGUUAUUGUAGCACCAUUAACCAGAAUGUGUCGGGCGUGUCCAGAUUCAGCGUUGGAUCUGUGGAGGUAAUGGACAGAUCCCCGUCAGCUUCUUAUCACUGUGCGUCAGGCACUGCAACACCAGUCCAACAAAGACCACGCUCCAGCAGUUCCGCCUUUCAGACUCCUCAGCCCCUGACGACCUCCUACACCCCUCUCAGGACCCCCAAGAGUGUCCGAAGGGGUGCACUUCCUGUUGAAGGAGCACCGAUUUUAGGAACCCCGGACUAUUUGGCUCCAGAGCUGCUUCUAGGAAAACCUCACGUUUCAGGAAGGGGUCGGUUUGACUGCAUGGUGGACUGGUGGGCGCUCGGUGUGUGUCUGUUCGAGUUCUUCACCGGUGUACCACCUUUCAAUGAUGAGACGCCUCAGCUGGUCUUUCAGAAUAUCCUCAACAGAGACAUUCCCUGGCCUGAGGCAGAGGAGGAGCUGUCUGUAAACUCAAGGAAUGCCAUAGAAGUCCUGCUGACCAUGGAUAUGACGAAGCGUGCCAGUCUAAAAGAACUGAAGUGCCAGCCCCUAUUUGACGGCCUGGACUGGGACAACCUGCAGAACCAGCCGAUGCCGUUCAUUCCUCAUCCGGAGGAUGAAACCGACACCUCGUACUUUGAGCCGAGAAACAACGCUCAGCACAUAGCCGUGUCUGGCUUCAGUCUGUAGCGCGUCUUCUUCUUUCCUUCAUUCUGAUGUUUUUUUCAAAAACAUUUCACAUGUGCAAUCAGCGGUCAUGAGACCCAGAUACCAAUAAAUAUAUACUGUUUUAAAUCUUUGCGUUACUUUAUUAUAGCUAGAUGUUUAAUCUUGUGUUCAUUGCCUGGAUUUUUUUUUUUUUUACUUAUCUACUGAAGCUUUUUGUGUUUGAACAUUUUAAGGCUGAUUUGCUGCACUGUCCAUCUUCAUUAUAAUGUUCCCAUCCUGUAAGUUGACUUGGGUGGGCGGGCCCCCUGAAUUACUCUUUAACCUGCAAUAUAAAUAAAGAAAAACACGAUAAUAUAUCUGAUUAAUAUGUUUUAUUUGUAAAUCUUUUUGAUGAUGUUCAGUGGACUAAAGGACUGCUUUCAUAUCUUUGUUUCCACUUCUGAUGUGAUUUCUCUUCAGUUUUACACUACUGAAACUUCCUCUUUGUAAUAUUUUACUCUAAGAACAUUUUAAAUAAAAA